UGGGGGCGCGGGUGAUGCAGCACUCGGGGAUAACCUCUUCCUUUCUCCCCCGCCCGCCCACGACAGCGCCGCAGGCGUUCCACGGGUUGGGAAGCUGCAGAGGGCGAGAAGCGCUUGGAGGUCCGCACCUGCACCGCGGGGUCGCGGUCGCCCCGCCCCGCCCCCUUUUGCUCCCUCCGCGCCUUCCCCCUUUCUCUUCCGCCCCCUCCCUUCUCUCGAGGCCGCUUCUCCGCUCCGCCCCGCUCACGCCGCAGCCCGGCCGGCUGUGACAUCACUAGACCCCGCCCCCUUACCAUAAAUACUGGCGUCUGCGGUACCGCCUUCCCACACACUCAGGCUCUUCGCUUGGCUGUGGUGUUUCUUUUUUCUCGCCUAUUCUGCUUCUUCUCAUUCUUUCUCGCUCUUCUGCUUUGCGGUGUGACGAGGCCGAAUCCUCUCCGCACCCAGCCGCCGUUUUCCUUCUGCCCGCGCUGUUGUAUUUCUCUCUUUCGGCCGCCGCCGCCACUGCUACACAGCUGGUGUCGGUGCCGCGCUUUUCCCCCGACGUCGUCCCCGCAGCCUAUGGCCCAGGCCGCCUUGGGUAUUUCUGCUCAAGGUAACCACAUCCCUCUUUAAAAAUUCCGCCGAAAAAGAGAAGACGCUUUACCCGACUCUUUGGGCCGUUAUCUCACGGCGAACUUUCUGACCAAGUAUACAACUACCCAGAGGGCCUAGGAGAAGUGCUGUAUAGAGAGCAGUUCGACUUCAACGCUGAGCCACCUUGGGAACCUAGCUGAUGAUAGGGGGGUUCCAUCUCCUAACUUGUCCAUUUUGUUGCAUAUUCUAAGGACCCAGACGUAAGGCUUAGCGGCCCGUCUCUUGUUUUUCCUGGUUUAUGACUUUCGGCUUUGUGGAAUACGGCUGAGAUGAAAGGAUUUAUUGAUGAUGCAAACUACUCCGUUGGCCUGUUGGAUGAAGGAACAAACCUUGGAAAUGUUAUUGAUAACUAUGUUUAUGAACAUACCCUGACAGGAAAAAAUGCAUUUUUUGUGGGAGAUCUUGGAAAGAUUGUGAAGAAACACAGUCAGUGGCAGAACAUAGUGGCUCAGAUAAAGCCAUUCUACACGGUAAAGUGCAACUCCACUCCAGCUGUGCUUGAGAUUUUGGCAGCUCUUGGAACUGGAUUUGCUUGUUCCAGUAAAACUGAAAUGGCUUUAGUGCAAGAAUUGGGUGUAUCGCCAGAAAACAUCAUUUACAUAAGUCCUUGCAAGCAAGUGUCUCAGAUAAAGUAUGCGGCAAAAGUUGGAGUAAAUAUCAUGACAUGUGACAAUGAAGUCGAAUUAAAGAAAAUUGCACGUAAUCACCCAAAUGCCAAGGUCUUACUACAUAUUGCAACAGAAGAUAAUAUUGGAGGUGAAGAGGGUAACAUGAAGUUUGGCACUACCCUGAAGAACUGUAGGCAUCUUUUGGAAUGUGCUAAGGAACUUGAUGUCCAAAUUAUUGGGGUUAAAUUUCAUGUUUCAAGUGCUUGCAAGGAAUCUCAAGUAUAUGUACAUGCUCUAUCUGAUGCUCGAUGUGUGUUUGACAUGGCUGGAGAAUUUGGCUUCACAAUGAACAUGUUAGACAUUGGUGGAGGCUUCACAGGAACUCAAUUUCAACUGGAAGAGGUUAAUCAUGUUAUCAGCCCUUUGUUGGAUGUCUACUUUCCUGAAGGAUCUGGCAUUAAGAUAAUUUCUGAACCUGGAAGCUACUAUGUGUCUUCUGCAUUUACACUUGCAGUUAAUAUCAUUGCAAAGAAAGUUGUUGAAAAUAAGUUUUCCUCUGGAGUAGGAAAAACCGGAAGUGAUGAACCAGCCUUCAUGUAUUAUUUGAAUGAUGGUGUUUAUGGUUCUUUUGCAAGUAAACUGUCUGAGGACUUAAAUACCAUUCCAGAGGUUCAUAAGAAAUACAAGGAAGAUGAGCCUCUGUUUACAAGCAGCCUUUGGGGUCCAUCCUGUGAUGAGCUUGAUCAAAUCAUGGAAAACUGUCUUCUUCCUGAGCUGAAUGUGGGAGAUUGGCUUAUCUUUGAUAACAUGGGAGCAGAUUCUUUGCAUGAACCAUCUGCUUUUAAUGAUUUUCAGAGGCCAGCUAUAUAUUAUAUGAUGUCAUACAGUGAUUGGUAUGAGAUGCAGGAUGCUGGAAUUACUUCAGACAUGAUGAUGAAGAACUUCUUUGUGCCUUCUUGCAUUCAGCUGAGCCAAGAAGACAGCUUUUCCACUGAAGCUUAAACAGGCAUUAAUACUUCUUUAGAUCUGAAGUUGCAGGUUAAGCUUGUCUGGUCUACAUUCCAGUCUGGAAAAAAAUGAACCAUCUUAUUCUGUUAAUUCUCUUGGAAACAAAAAUAUUAGUAAAUAGCUAUUUGGGACCAGACAGAAUCAGCUCUCAUCUAUAAUUCACAGGGGCUAAUUGGGAGAUUAAGAUAAUGUAUCCAGAUUUAAACUUAACCAGUUUGCCCUACCCCUCCAGCAUUUAAAAUAAAAUAUGCAACAAAAUGGAUGACUUAGUGGAGAUGGAAGCCCAUUAAUUGGGUUCCCCAUUAAACCGUUUACAUACAAGUACACAGUUUUUAUACUAAGGAUUCGUGUUAAAAAGUCUUGUAAAGUUAAUGUCUUUCACCCAGAGAUAUCAGCUGUCAGUGGAAGACCAGUGUGACUUCAUUAGAUACGUUUAGUGUAUUUAGAAUGUGUAAAUUUGUGCUUUGAACUGUAGUUUAUUAAAUGUAAAAUUGCAUCAUAGUAUUUGUUGUAUUUGACCUAAUGUAACCCUUGUAUGAUUGCAAUAAAAUUUUGUGUAGAUUUUACUGUUUUUUCAGGCUAAAACUGGGAAAGGGGCUAGCUAGUGUAGGUAGUUUUGAAAUAGAUGUGUAUAUGGACUGUUUUGAAGGUUAUUUUCCUUUAUAGCCCAUUUUGAGUUUAGUUUGGCUCAGUACACUUUUCAGUUAUUUAAUUAGUAAUUUAAGCAAAAUGUUUGGUAAAUCAUUGUGAAGUUCAGAUUCAUUUUGGAGAGUUGAUGUGCAGUAAGCAUGAUAACAAUUUUAACACCAAAAAUGUUACUUCUGCAUAAACCAAUUGUAAUUAAUAGGUGUUUCUGUAUAGAUAGAAUGCAUAGAGUACCUUAGUAAAUCUUUGAAUCACAAAUCUUUUGGCUGAAAUGGAAGAUUCUAUUAAAUACUUUGAAUGAACUUUGGGGGAGGGAAAUAAAAUUGCAGAAAACUGCAGCAUACUAAAUCUUAAAGAAGGGCUACAUCUAUAUCCAGAAACCUGCUCUUUUGCACGGAAUAUUAUUUAAAUUCAGAGUUGUGAGAGGGUUGGGGUGUGGUACACCCACUUUCAAUUUCUCAAUUGCAUUGAAUUCAAACUUAGGGUUUGUUUUUUAGCCAUUCACUUAGUUUCUAGUUACUUCCCAUUUGUUCAGCUUAGUGUAAUUAGUUUUAAUUCUUUUCAUACUAAAAUUUUAUGGUGAUUGGGGGAAGGGAUUUAAGCGUCACUAACCUGACAGUUGUUUCCAGGAAUUUGCUAUGUUCACUGCUAGUGUAUUAGUAAUCCUAGACUCAGAAUCACAAUAGUAAUAAAAUAACACCAGGGGUCAUUUUUCCUAACUUACUCUAUGUUCAGAUGUGGAAUUUCUGUCUUCCAAGAGGAAAUGUGACUUCACUUUGGUGCCAAUGGACAGAAAAUUCUACGUGUGCUACAUAGGAGAAGUUUGGAAUGCACUUAAUAGCUGGUUUUUCACCUUGGUUUCAAGGUGGAAAGAAAUUGAUCAUGAAUCUCUAAUAAAUUUCGAUCUCUUAAACCAGUAGGUGCUUAAUAAUUUUUGAUUUGAUUAAUUCCCAUUUGAAUUUUAUGGGUUCUAUUAAAGAAAAUCAGGACCCCAAUCCAUUGUCAUCUAAUUAAUUACCCUUGAAGUUUUCCAAGGUAUAAUGUGGGAUUUUAUGCAAAAUUCCAAGCUACCAUGCCACUUUUUUUUUAGCUGUAAUGAGGAGGAAUUUCUUCCCAACCUUGUUUACAUGUUGUGCUUUUUUGGUCCAGAAAUGCCAAAUCUUUUAAAAGAUGGUACAACUUUUGAGUCCUGGCUUGACUAUACAACUUUGAGCUUUAAUGGCAUGAGUUUUGCCGUAUUUAUAGGAGAGUUAUUCUCUGUAUAACAGCUCAGAGUUGCAAGUAUGACAUGUGAAUGAUACAAUAACUUUAAGAAAUGUCUGUGUUGUAUAUUAAGACUGUUUGCCAUGAAUCUGAAGUUUGAACUUAUGUAUUUCAAUUUGGUAUGCUAAAAAAGUACUGAAUUAAUGUAUCGAUCUUUUUUUAAAAACGAUAUUGUAAUCUCAGUUCAGAAUUUAACUGAAAAUAUAAAACCCAAAUGAUUUCUAUAUGGUAAAUUGAACUGUGUAAAGGUAACUUGUGUGAUUCUGAAUACACAGAUAAAAUGUUUUUAUUCCUCCUUA